AUGAGCGCCUGCUGGAAGCUCCUGAGCUUCCGCUUGCUAGAUAAUCGGUUAGGGUCUCACACGGUGAAUCCUACCAUUCUUAGGCCCCAGCAGCAGCAGCGGCGGCUUCUCUUGCCUCCCCCGCCACAACCCCCUGCUGAUGCGACAGAGCACGUGUGCCCCUACUGUAGUGACGUGCUGCCAGUCUCGGUGUACCAGACCCCGGCCAUUUGGCAGCACCACGUGCUUUACGACUAUUCGCCAUACAUCUGCCUGGCGAAGGAGUGUUGGGGGAAUUGCACGUUCGCCCGCCCGAACGAUUGGGUCAACCAUAUGCGGGGGCACGGCGGGCAUUGGGAAUGCAGCGCGCCAGGGUGUGAGCAGGAGACCGUCUCCUUUGGACCAGACGACGGCGACAAAGUCCAGAGGCAUGCGCAGUUGGUCCAUGGCUGGGAUAAGCUGCCCGCCAUCGCAAUCACCCACGUCCCGGCGGCCCGACUGGAAUUCAUCGAGUGUCCCCUCUGCAAGGAACCGUUUUCGGGCGACGGCCCGGAGGAGGCCAUCAAGUGGCAUCUGGCGGCGCAUGUCGAGACGGAGAUGCUGUCGAUCCGGCCGUUGGUUUCCUAUGCCGAAACGCAUUCCGAGUAG